AUUUUCUGAAAAGCGGAAAAACAAUUGUUUCUAGACGUACCCGGAACAAAAACAAAACUUGUACUUCAUUUUAAGUAUUUUUACUAGUCAAAUAAUUGUAAACCGAAGUAUCCGUGAUCUGGGAGAAAUUCUACGGGCUCAAAAAUCAUAAUGUACGCACAAUGUAUGACGCCGACGCGUUCAUCUUCGUCUGCGCAUCAAACACGCGCGUGUCAUGAGCACUGGUCAUGAGCGUAAAUUUAUCGACUUUGCGCAUGAUCGUGAAGAACGCGCCGGUCAAGAGAAGAAAUACGAAACAAUUCAAUCCGCAGUUGAGUUAGAAGUCGGAUGCAUACAGAUGAUCCAAAUAAGCGUCGAUGGUGCCAAGAAUAUGUAAAUGUUUUUGUGUUUUUAAAUAGUAACAAUAAUAAUUAAUAAACAUAUCUUUCGUGUAUCAUUAAUGAAGAGUGAGAAAACUUGAUCAGGUAUCAGAUCAGUCGUAGCUGAAGAAGAUAUGAAGAGGCGAUCUUGUACCGAUUAUUACACUGAAGUUAAAACCAUGUUAUUUUAGUGAACCACGUCAGACACGUUUACUUCCGAAAUAAAUAAUCAUCGAUUGAGGAGAAAUUUAAAAAAAAAAAACAAAUAAUAAUAGCAAGAAUAAAUAAAUACAUAGAGCCGUGGGAUUUUCGUACUUACAAUUAAUUGUCAAAAAGAAUUGGGGAAUAUAUUUUGUACAACUACGUGAUGAUCGGACCAUCGUCGGGAACAAGCGGCGGAAUGCCGAAUCGGGAAGCAACUGAAUCUUCCGGUGUGAGAGCAAAGCGGAAGGUCUUCGAUGAUUUGGAUAUAGAUAAUUUCUGCGAUGAUAGUUGCCAAAAUGGUAAAAAACGAUAUCAUCCAAUGGAAUCACAGGAGUCUAACGUGAUAAACGGUUCAUCGUCAACGAUUUCAACUCAAAAGCCCAUCGGGUCAAUGACAUAUGUACAGGAUUCAGAAUUUUCGCCGAUGUCGUCAGAAGGGAUUUCUAGUUCGGGUUCUAUGGCUAGACUUGAAGUUUUAGUGGUCGAUGGAAAUUGGGAAGAAUCAAAUCUCGGGACGAAUUUGACGAGCUUGACGAACAACCAUCAUCCAAACGUUUUAAAUUCAUCGAUUCUAACCGAUAUGCAAUCUCUGCAGGAUGAUUACGGGCAUAUUCCAUACUGGGAAACGGUUCACGUCUCUCACAAUUCCUCAAAUUUGGUGAACAAUAAUAACAAUAAUAACAACAACGAUAACGCACCGGAAAUAUUUAUGGCACCAAAUAUGCAGCCUGUGGAGGACCAGGAGAACGGAAAUUUGUCUUGGCUUUUGGACUUUAAACUUGAUUCUCUAAUCGAGGCACCUGAAGAUAGAUGUUCGCCGUUUGGUUCGAAAGGAAAUCAAAAUGGUACAACGAAUGUCAGCCACAGAUUCACAACCGGUAACGGAAUGAGCAAUCAGUCAGCGUCUUCGACAGCAUCGUCCGCUUCCACCUACAUGCACGAGAUCAGGAGACCUUAUACUCACGGUGGAAUUUCUACCUCUGGAUCCGGAGGUCUACCUGUACAUGUACAGAACGGUAUAAAUUCUUCAACUUUAUCAUCGAGCAACAACUACGUGGUAAACGAGUCGAAAAGUUUUGGUGCUGGCCGCUACGUUGGUCCGAAAAAGCCACCCUUUACCUAUACCGAACUGAUAGAGCACGCACUUCAGGAAAGGGGUGAACUGACCGUCUCAGCAAUCUACCAAUGGAUUUCGGAACAUUUUCCUUACUACAAAAGCAACGAUGACCGUUGGAAGAAUUCGGUGCGACAUAAUUUGUCAAUAAAUCCUCAUUUUCGUAAGGGAUCUAAGGCACCGCAUGGAGCAGGUCACCUGUGGGCAAUUGCCAAUCGAGGAGAAACGAGACCUAGACAGGUAACGCCGAUCGGAGGGGGAACCUUCACACGGCAACUUGCUAAAAAUGGUCAAGAAACUAGUUUUCGAAAAAACAACGGAAACAAUUUGCGGUCUCAGCUUAUCAGCCAGGUUGUCACGAUGGAUGAAAUUGCGGCGGCGACAGCGAGCAUUCAGCAACACGAUGACAAUGAAAUAAUAAAUUCGGUUACACUUGAGCAUUGUGCAGAACAGAUUCUGAGUGGAAUAAAAAGAGAAGUUGAAGUGCAAUACUUGGUACCCAUGGUAAUACCAAAUAACGGAAAUCACAAUUUUAAUCAUCAAAAUCAUCAAAAUGGUCAAACUGAGCAGCAUUGUCACCUUAAGGAAACAGACUUUCUGAAUCCUGUUUCGAAAGAGGUUGUAGCCGAAGAAUGCGGACUUCUUGGAGAGGGUUACCUAGUCACAGAUCUGAACCCAACCACCCUAGGUCUGAAUAUGGUAGAACCGGAGUCGAUUUUGCCAGAUAAUCUUUUUAGUGAAGAAUUAAGCUUCCAGUUUUACGAAUUGACUUCACCGUCACAGCUACAGUCAGCCUGACAUACGGAGAAAGGAAAAAUCCGUGUAAUUUUUCUAGACGAAUCACGAAUCCAGGAUGUUCAAUUAUUGAAUAAUCUUGAUACUAGCAGUGCACAGGUCGUUGCUUAUCAGACAUUGGGUGAAGAUGAUAUUUUCAUACCUAUGAAUUCUGAAGGCAAAAAUUCAACAACCUGCACAGACAUAGCGGAUAAUCAAAAUAUAAUCCCCAUUUCAAACAGCAAUAGCUGAUCGACUGAUUCCCACCAUUGUGUCAUUUUAGUUCACUGCAUACUGAGAUAUACAAUUAACUAUUUGCUAAACGAUUCCAUUUUCCAGCUGACUUUUAGACUACUCACAGCUGGUUCACAUUCCUAUUUCUAGACAGACUGGUACGUCUGUAACAGUGCCUGGAUAUAUCUUGGAACGUAAUUGAUUAUUAAAUAUUACUAUGGUUUCUCCUAGUCCCUACAAAACUGUGUGUAAUGUUUUUGUAUUAGAAAAGGAAAUAUAAUAUAACAUUUACAAUUUC